AUUGAAUUACUAUCAAUAACAUGCAGUGCUUAUCUUGGUAAAUAUGUAUGAUUUGACUAAACGAUAGAUAAAUCAGACCUCAAAGAAUGGCCGAAGGGAUCAUGGUUUUGAUAUUUAUCCAUGCGCUCAUACUUUUACACACAACCGAAGCAGCCACUACGUACAGGACAUCCACAACAGGAGAUGCAACCUUAAUCAAUAUAGCAUCAAGCACUUCAACAGUCUUGCCUAAGUGCCAUGACAAAAUAGAUUUAGCUUUCAUGAUUGAUGCUUCCGGAUCUGUUGGAUCUGCCAAUUUUAGGAAGAUGAAGAGUUUCGUUUCGAAUUCCGUCUCCCAUUUUACAAUUGGACCUAACGAUGCACAAGUUGGUGUUAUUACAUUUUCUUCUCAACCCCAUUUUCAAUUUGCAUUAAACAAGCACACAGAUAAGAGUUCUCUGAGCAAUGCCAUUCAAAACAUCCCUUAUCAGUCAGGUGGUACAAACACUGAUAUAGCACUGACUUAUAUUGAGAAAAACACUUUCACCUCUGCCUCAGGGAACAGAAUAGAUGCCCGAGACAUUCUAGUGAUUAUUACUGAUGGUAAAUCGGCACACCCUCCGAAAACUGCCUUUGAGGCAAAUCGACUUAAACAAAGAAAUGUUGAGAUCAUUGUAGUUGGAAUUGGCCAUGCAGACAAAGCUGAACUAAACAAGAUGGCUUCAGACCCAGCCUAUGUUUUGUAUGCUACUGAUUUUGACUCGUUGAGUCAUAUAUAUGACGCAAUACAUUCAAUCGCCUGUAAUUUAGUAUUUACAACACAAACACCGCCAACGACAACAGCAUCAACAACAACAUUAUUGACGCCACCAUUCAUUCCAGCAGGCCCUUGCAUUGACGAAAUUGCAAACUGUAACCAAUAUGGGGUAACAAUAUGCCACGGAGCUUACAAACCAUGGGCAUCGGCAAACUGUGCACAUUACUGUGAAUUCUGUCAUGAGUCAGGAGGUGCCACUUUACCCACAUUUGCACCUGUAAUUGGAAAGUAGAAAAUUCCGUAAAGUCAAAAUAAGAUGUGGAAAUUUUCAAAUAAAAAGUUUCGAUUG